CUGUGCGGAGCCAUUUAGAGCUAUUUAAAUCGCUCAACCGUUUUCCGACGGCGGUUAUUUUCGAAAAUCCCAAUUGAAAAUGGCGAAUAUAAUCAAAUAAGUCGAUCGAUUUCAAUCACUAACGGUACACGGUACUGGGCAUGCACUGAUUUCAAAUGUCAUGUUCAUCAGCAAUAAAACAGUGAUUUUUUUUGGGUUUUUUCGCCAGCCGAUCGGUCAUAAAAAUAUAUGAUAAAAACAAGGUGCAUGCAGUGAAACAAGCCAUAAAUUAGCAAAAGAAAUCUCUGUCAAUCGUACAAAUGUUUUUGGGGUGAGUGGAAUACACAUGAAGUGUUUUUAAUUCGUUGAUUGGCGGCCAGAACGCUGCGUCAUGUUGUUGCUGCCAACGGAAAUGUGUCCAGCAGCAACGACAACAACUAUAAACAACAUCAAAAGUUGCCCAACGAAAAGUAAUUUGCGAAAAUCAUAAAAAAGUAGCGUAAAUAACUCCCGGCUCUACCAGAUCCAAGUGGAGCAAAAAGCACAAAGGCCAAGCGCGAAAAUAGCCAGAAAAUUGCUGGAAAUCUUUUGGUUCACACCAAAAACAAGAAACCCCAGAAACGCAAAAUAAUAACAUUCUAGAACGACAACUAUAGGAACAAGCCGAGUGAAAAAAAAGAAAAAACUAAAGACGAAAAAACAACAGCAAGUGUCGCCGUUUUCUUAUGCACAAAAACCAUUCUGUGAUAUCUCAAGACCCAAAGAUGGCAUCGUUAACCUUGCACUUGAUAGUGAUAGCUCUGCUGGCGUCGACUGCGCUGUCAACGGCGGCGACACCAACAACAACAACUACAGCAGCCACAGCAGCAACUGCGACAGCGGCAGCGACGCGACAGCGCGGCCGAGGCGCAGCCCUCUUCCAGGGGGCGGGGGGCGUGCCGGUGUCCACCACCAGCACAGAGGCGCCAACGCUGAGGGCGCCACGUCAGCGUCGUCCGCCCACGACGCAGUCGAUCGAUUUGACGGUGACGGUGACCCCGAUACGCAGUCGCGGCCGCAGUGGCAGCGCAGCGACGCCUCUGCCGCCGCUGGCAGCACCGAGAACAACAACAACAACAACAGCAGCAACAAGCGGUAGGCUAUUGCAGCGGCGGCGCAGCACAACAGCAACAACAACAACAACAACAACAACUGGAGCUCCUGCCUCGGCUGGCAGAUCGUCCAGGGAUCGGGGGAGUGUGCGGAGUCCCAGGCAGCCGCGUGAUACCCCGGAUUUAAGUGGCGAUUCGAGUAUUCGACGCAGUUGGCAGUCCGCCCCGCCCACCACCAGUCCCUACCACGCCCACGCGCCCACUUCCAGUUCCAGUGACAGCGCAGGCUCCGCUUCCAGCACCACUUCCAGUCGAGGCGCACUGAAAACGCCCCGAAUGAUUCAGCGCCUGGUGGCCGGUCACAUCCACAAUGCCCAGGGCCACUCCACCUACGAGGUGUCGGCGGUGAGUGCCAACAGCUCCUUCUCCAGUUUUGGUCCUUCCACGACGGCAAGCACGAGUACCUCGACAUCCACAACAACGACGACAACCACGACGACGACGACGAAGAAAACUCCUUUGAGGAGCAAGGCGAGCAGCAGCUACCGACUGGCCAAGCCAUCGAGCAGGCCGAGAUUAACCAGCACGGUAGCCACCACGCGAUUUAGCAAUCCGCCGAGCAUCUCGAGAUCCACAACACCGCUGCCCCCACCCACAUCCAAUACCCCGAAUCCCUACAAGGAAAGGGAAUCGGACGAUGAUGAGGCUCUGCUCAAUGAACCCGACGACUUCGACAACUGGGACAAUGGCAUCCUGCGGCUGAGCGCUGGAUCUGGGAAGGAAGCCGAUGCACCGGCCAAGAAGCCGGCCAAGGAGGAACAGAAGAAGACGCUGGCGGAUCAGGUGAGGGAUGGCAAGUACGGGCUGAUCGAAAAGGAGCUCUUCCGUCGCAUUCCCAAGCGACCGGGAGUGCUGAGCUAUGCCCGGAACUCGGAGGUGCCGCUGGACAACGAACGCAACUACGGUGGCCUGAACGAGGAGGAUAUCUGGCUGGCCGAGGAUCACCUGCUGGUGAUCAAGGGCGGCUCCCUCAACGAGGAGGCGGAGGACAAUCAGCACGGUCCGUGGCCGGCAAUCGAUGACUACGAUGCGCCCGGGAGACAGAUCAAGUUGCCAGCAAAUCCGGCGGUGCCGCCUCCAUUUCCCGUGCAGCUCGAACCAAACGGGCCGCUGCAGCUUAUCCGAGAUAAUCAACUCGAGAUCCUCCGUCCGGCGGCUGGCAAUGCAACGCUAUCCGCUAAGGGAGCCAACCACCAGGGCCACCAAGGCGCCACCGCUGAAAAUCUCUCAUCGCAUCCUGUUGCCCGGACGGGAGCGACUGCAGCAUCUCCGGCAGCUAAGUCCGCGGAUGCCGCCGGUCCGGAUACUACCGGUCCGGCCUACGUCUAUCCGGCGCCCUAUGCCCCCUGGCUGCUCUACCCCACUAACGACACGGUGGCGUCCAAGGGCCUGCUGAGGACUCCGCCGCUCCUGGGACCCUGGCUGAUCAACGGCCUGAAUGGCAACGGUUCGCUGGUCGGCGAUUCCCCACUUCCGGCCAAUGUCAGCGAUUUCGACGAGGAUGAUCCCUCGCUGUACUAUCCACCAGCCUACACGUUCGUGUACAGGAGCAACUACACGAAUCCGGUGCCACCAGGACCGCUGGUGCCGGGCAUUGUCCUACCCCCGCCACCGGAUCACUUCAGCCGACUGGAGGGCAGUGGCUCGACGCGAAGACCUCCGACCACGACCAGCAGCACUACGAGCAGUACGAGCAGCAGUACCACGACCACAAGCACCACCACCACAACCACUUCCAGGCCACCAGUGCACUUGCCCGCCAUCCGAACGUCGUAUAAGCCCAAGUACAAUGGCAUCACCUAUCUGCCACCGCCGCCCAGGCACAGUUCACCCAAAUAUGUGGAAAGAGUGCCUGUGCCGGUGGCCGUGCCCAUUCCCAUCUAUCCAGUCAACUACACACCGCGACCCCAGCUGGUCUUCGUACCCAGCUCGACGGAGAGCUCUCGCCAGGAUCAGUCACUCGAUCCGCCGCUCUCCAAGUCCAAUCCCAUCUACUACGAGUACUUUGAGGCCAAGCGGCAACCGGGUUCAAUCAAAUCCAAUGCCAUCGAUGACUUUCUGGCCACCAAACCGCCGAAACGACACCAUCACAACAAUAAUCUCCACCAGCGUGAGCAUCUGCAGCACUACAAGGCGUCGCCAAGUCCCGCCAACGAUGUGGCCCCCGAGGUGGUCAACAUCACGCCCAAGCCCAGGAACGCCCAGCUGCAGCUGCAUGCGGAGUACGAGGCGUCACUGGGCCAACUGCUCAGGAGCAACCUCAUCUCGCCGACAGGAGGAGCAAAUGCGGGGCGAUUCCAUCCCCCCGACUUUGACAAGCAGCCCUUCCUGCCCAUGGUGAACUACAGUGCGGAUGAGCACGAUCAGAACGCCUUCAAGGCGAUAGUUUACCAGCCUCCUGGCCAGCGACAGCGUCACUUGCGUGUGGGCAAACAGCAGCUCCAGUUGGAUCCCAAUCUGGAUGCCACCCAACCGGACUCCUACCUGCCGGGUCGCCACUUCCGUGUGGGCAAACAGCACCAGCAGCAACCGAUCUAUGAGCCGCAGAUCUACAGCACGCCAAUUCCGCAAUUUGUGGAGGAUCCACAGCAAUUGCGGCCCCCAUCUCCUGUCCAGUCCAAUCCUCUGCAGUUCUGGCAGCGACCUCCGCCGCAGUUCAAGAGAGUGCGUCCGAGCAGCAAACAGGGACAUCUUGCCCACUCCCAUCCGCACUCACACUAUCCGCCGUACUAUGUGCCCGGAUAUCCGAGUGCUCCGUCGGCGGAGCCCCUUUACCGUCUGGUGCCCGUGGCCCAGCACAAGCACUGGAGGAACAAGCAGCCGCAGGUUCAGCAGGUGCAGUCGCAGCCGAUCCAGGUGCAGUCCCAGAACCAGGGCUAUCCCGAUCGGAGCGUGAAUAUCGGUCACAGUCUCGCCGGCGAUAUCCUGGUCAACUACAACACGAACAACCAGUUCAAUCCGCAGGCGGAACUGGUGCCCCAGGCCCAGUUGGCGGCACCGCCUCCUCCGCUCUCCUAUCAGGCCCAAAGUGGCCAGCCCUUGUGGUCCGAACGGGAACGGGAACGGAAUCGGGACAGGGAGCGAUCGGUGAGGCAGUCAAGGGAACAGCAGCAGCAGCAACAGCAGCAGCAGUAAUAAUAUACGUACAUACUUAUCAUAAUCUGAGUAAUCAUGUCGAUAAUGAUGGUUCUAUGUCAUUGAUAAGCGUAGUGUCAAAAUGUGAUCUAUACGGAGGCCAAUCCGAAUCCGCUAUUUUGCUAUUGAAUCCCAGCCUAGACGAUACGAAAUGGAAAGCCUAACCCUUUUAAUAGAGAAAUGAUAAUCUUACUUAUUGUUUAUAACAUUUCUUAAGGCCCUUGGAUUCCAUAGACCCAAAUCUUUUAAUAUGGUCUCACUUUUGUUCAUUCAACAUUUCUAUAUCUUCUGCAUUAUAUUUUGUGUUUUUUUAAUAGAAUAUUUCGUGUACUGUAAAGCUGUUAUAAAAUUGAAACUUUUCCAUUAAUACACUGUCCACUUUCUUCGCCACCACUAACAAAUAGUUACGUUAUGUAGAGCUGGUCAUAUAAGAAAUAAACCCCGAUUUGGUCCUGCUGCUCACCUUUCGAUAUGCAGAUAUACAUACAUAUGUAUAUCGCCAAUCGCUGGCAGAGUUAAUAUAUAUAUUUAUACCACAUUUAAGUACCUACAUAUGUAUAUCCCUAUGCGGUAAAUAUAUACACGAGUAUAUUCGAAAACCUAUGUAAAUAAUAAACGAGUGUAGGCGCUACGGACACCACUUAGUCUUAGGGGCAGUAAAUUACUUUUAUGCAUUAUCGAUAUGGAUAGAACGAAGGAUCCUUCGCUUAGCCGUAGCUAUACAUAUGUUUUAUCCUGCACACACACACUAUAUGUAUUAUUUUUUUCUAUUUAUUGUAAUCUGUUUUUGAAUGUUUUUCCAAAAUCAUUGCAAAACUUUGUAUAAAAGCCAUAACAACUAAGGUCACUAUAAGUUAAAAUCACGCUAUGCAACUAAUGAACACACUAUGCGUUAAUUACACAUUUAGUUUGUAUACCAUACAUAAACAAUAUACAUAUAUACUUUUUUUUUUGCUAAAUGUAAACGAAUUAAAUAAUUUGUAGACGAAAAUUCUUA